AUGAGCUUGGAAGGACUAACUGAUAGCCAUUGCCAUCUAGACACGAGCUGUACGUUGGAGCGGGGCCUAGAGGUGAGCGAGAUGCUAAGUAGGGCGGCGGAUGAGGGCCCGAGGAGCCACGCGCUUCGCCAUUUUGCGGUGAUGUCUACGAACCAUUUGGAUGUGGACAUCAUCGAUGCGAUGCUGAAGAGGGUGCAACUGCUGGGUGUUGUGUUCCCUUUCUUUGGUGUACACCCCUGGUACUCCCACCUCUUUGCUAGUGUAGAACCAGGGGUCGAGGAAUCCACUGAGUCGUACAAGGUGCGCCACUACAGGACGGUGUUGUAUCCUGCACCCACGCAGGAGUUGAUCGAUGCCCUUCCUGCUCCGGUUCUAUGGAGGGACCACUUGAAGAAGUUGAGGAGCUUGCUCGCGGAGUAUGGAGGUGGUAGCGGUGCCUCUGCUCGCGGUUGCGUGGGCGUCGGUGUGGGAGAAAUCGGGUUGGACAAGCCAUUCCGGAUCCCAGUCAAUGGAUUCUAUGGGAACGUUGAGCAGCCCAUUGCUGAAGACAUCCCCAACAAGCUCUCGCCCUGCCGAGUCAAGCUCGACCACCAGGUGGAGCUUUUGGCGGGGCAGUUGGAGUUGGCGCAGGAGUUCUCGUUGCCUGUCUCGCUACACUGUGUCAAGGCGCACGGGGUUCUCUUUGAAGUGUGCCACAGGUUUGCCUUGAAGUCGACCGUUCUACACUCGUACUCCGGGUCUCUCGACCAGGCGAAGCUUUGGUUGAAAAGCGGUAGUGCAGAGCAGCAGGUGUUCUUCUCGCUAUCCAACUGGAUCAAUGGCGCUGAAGAGAAAGCUGAGGCAUUCACGCAGUUGGUGAGGUCGCUCUCAGACUCGAAUGUGUUGAUAGAGACAGAUAUAGGCAUUGACCGACGUCUACUGGAGUGCUAUGUACACUUAGAGGGCAUCUUUACGAAGAUAUGUGAAGCCAGGGACUGGAAUGAGGAGAGAGCCCGAAAUGUGCUAAGAGAAAACUGGGACCGGUGCAUCAGAGCGACGUGA